AAUGCAAUAUACUCAUUGUUAGAUAUACGGUAAAACUUGAUUAUAUAUUGUAAUUAACAUUUAAUUCCUAUAAUAUUGUAUAAUUUAGUAAAAACAAUAACAAUAAUACCGAUGUCUUUGUUAAUUAACAUUCAAUACAUGCCAUAUGUAUUGGCCGCCAUUGUGGUCAUUUUGAUCACGUUUAGAUUAUGGAAAUGGAAGCGUUCACUAAAUUACUGGAGAGACCGUAAUGUCUCGGGUCCGACACCCGUACUAUACUUUGGCAAUACUUUGACCGCACUAUUCAAACCAUUCGUUUAUACAGAGAUGGAGUGGUAUAAGAAAUACGGCCGAAUUUACGGGGUGUAUGGUUUGGUACGGCCGGCGCUAACGGUGGCCGAACCGGCGCUCGUCAAACAGAUUCUGGUCAAAGAGUUCCACAAAUUCCGUAACCGUAUGCCAGAGACCGAC